UUGGUGGGCGCGCUGGUGUUGGUGGGCGCGCUGGUGUUGGUGGGUGUGCUGGUGUUGGUGGGCGCGCUGGUGUUGGUGGGCGUGCUGGUUCUGGAGGUGGGACGUGCGCCUGGCAUGUCCUCGGAGGAUGCUCGGCCUGACCGUUGCCGGGUGGGAUGUGCACGCAGCAGCAGGAGGACCGAGGUGUGAGUGUGGCUGCAGCCCGGGCUUGCUGGCCCCGGCUGGGGAGCAGUGGGUGCUCAGGCACUGCAGGGAACGCGGACCCAGCCCAGGGACCUCUCCCUGUUUUCCGGAAUGACCUGACGCUGCGUUACUGGGAGUGCCAGAAGUCGCUCCCGGAACAGGAUGGAGCCAUCCCGUAGGAAGGGAAGCGCUUUCUGCAAAGGGUUUAGAAUGGAGCUCGAUUGCCUGCUCAUAGAAAUGUAAAGCUUCUCCCUUUGCAAUUCUCCUUUCUUGUACUUGCCCACUAGGGCAGUAAAACCAUAUACUCCUCAUGCCUACAAUCCCAUUUGUUUUCCCUUUUUCCUCUCCAAGGAGCCCUUCACCUCCCCCUGCUUGUCCCCGCUCACACAGAGCGGGCGCCCCUGUUUGUCACCCAGCAAGCCGCGGUCAGACACGGUCGCAAGCCGCUCAGUCGACGGGGAUGGCAAACUCAGUGCCAGGCAGAUAAAAAUGUAAAUAAACAGAUAAAACUGGAUGUUUGAAUAAAGGUUUCUUUUUGCACAACAACCUCUCUAACUAGUAAGAAGGAGGAAAAUGCUUCAUUUUAUGUGCACCAAGAGAAUACCUUCAGCAGAAUUACCAGCACCAUGUUCCUGGGGCAUUUAGCACUAGGGGCAGAGGAAUUACCCGCAUCUGUGACGAAACUGCUGUCACAACACUUCUCGGAAGUCAGGCAGAUGUUUAUUACCAGUUUUUGCAGUUCCUUCCGUAGCUUCUGUAAACAAUUUUAUUUCAAUUUUUUAAUUGUCUCUGAACUAUCUGUACACGUAGGGUGAGGGGAGGAGUCUGGGAUUUCCUUGUGCACGAUCUGUUGCUUGAAAUCAUAUGCACUUCAGUGUUUGAGCUGGGUCUGUGGCAAGGUCGGUUACGUGGAGGCAGCUCUUGGUUUAGUCGCCUUUAGCACUGAGAUGUGCUUGGUUUUGUCGUCCGCAGCUCGGACUUUGUUCGUGCCACAAAGGGGCCGAUGUCUCAAACUGCGUUGACACAACAGAGCCCCGAUUGUCAUGAAAAUGGGCAAAGCCUCGCUGGAGCCUGGAGAACUAUGAACCGGGGGGUGGGAGGGAGAGAGCUGGAGGAAGGGGCUGCCUGUCCGCGGUGUCCUGGGAGAUCCCGGCCUCCUGCUUCCCGUGCCCGUCCCUUAUGGCCAUAAUGUCAAGACAAUAAAUCCACUGCAGGCAGCAGUGUCACUUGUCAAGUUUUUGGCAAUGGUUUUGGCUUUUACUGAUAUAAACUGGUGUUAUUCUAGAAUUUUAGAUGUCAGUUACAAUAGCAUCAGCUGUUUCUGUUUGGGGUGGGAAUUGGCUGAUUCAGGCUCAAAUAAGAACCAGCCACUUCGUUUUUCCUUUCACUGGGCCGGCUGUGAGGCUGUUUGGUUCAGACAAGGGAAUUAAUCCUCCUUGUCUCUGCCUGCCCUCUGCCCAUUCCUCGUUUGGCCUCUCAAUUUACAGGACAGUUCCAGGUCUCUGCAAUUAAUUUCUUCCCUUAAGGAUUUAUUAUGGACAAACUGUGACCUGUAUUCAAUGUGAGUUUUGCUAAUUUUGGAAGAUUUAAGUUGUUUGGUCAAUUAUCCCUUUUCCCCGGCCAGGUUUUGUCUAUACUCGCCAUUGUUUGUGAAUUAGCAGGGUUUGGUUUAUCUCUGGUUUGAGUCCCAGCAGCAGUUAUGUGCACAACUUCAUGCUGGCCUGUUAUCCCGAGAUUAAGUUGCUUUAUUUCAGCUGGCUGUGUCCACAUCGCGCCGCGGUGUUACCAAACGAGCGCUCUGCAUUCUGGUCACGGCUCUCCGAGGGGUGCCGGAGCGAGCCGAGCGCUCGCGGGGGAUGAAGAAUGCGGAGCUUUGGGAGCAGGCACAAUCGCAAGCAGCUGUGUCAAUAGUGCGGGGGGCACCUUGGCCAUGCGCUGGGAGGGCAGGACCAGCUCCUCGCGCAGCCCCGCUUGGGUAACCCCCGAAGGCAAAGAAGAGAGGUCAAUCCGAAGAGCGUGUCAAGGACCGGCACAGCGACUUUACACAUUUACAGCGGAAGCAAACCGGAGACCUGGCCCAGUGCACCACUGGUUGGCGACAGCUCGCUCCUGCAGAAAUGCUGGGUUAAAAAUGGGCUUAUGAAUAGGCGGAAUGCCAGAAGGGUUGGGGUUGGCAGGGACCUCUGAGCCCGUCUGGCCUGCCCCCCAGCCCAAGGGCUCUGCUGGGGCAGGGUGCCCAGCCUGCAGGAGGACGCUGCUCAGCUCUGCUCUGGCGUGCACGGGGCUGUUAUUUGCAUUGCUGGAUGUCACCAGAAAGCAAUAAAAUUUCAGGCUUGGGAUCGAGUGAAAUAUGACCUCUUUUGUUGCCUCUGCGCCUUGUUUAUUUUAAGUCAACCAUUUCUCAGAGCAUGGUUGAGCCCUGGAGUCCUCAGGAUGAGGAACAGAGGCAGAUCUGGCUUUUGAACUGGGUCAGUGUAGACAUCUGGAGCACAGGCUGAACUGGGCAUUAGCAGGAAUGUUUUUGGCCAUUCCCUUCAGUGCCCUGGUGUGGUGAGCCUGGGGCUGGGCUUGAACAAACCCAGCUGAGCCCUGGGACAGGUUAUCGGGCACCCCAUGUUUGCAGCACACAGGAGCCGCACAGCAUCCAGUGCCGAGUUCAUCCUGGAGGAGGAUGAAGGAGCAGAAGAACUUCACGAAAGCAGUAACUGCUGCAGAGGAACACGUGGCUGUGUCUGGCAGAGCUCACCGUUACCAGGGCUGCCGCUGUGGGCCCCGUUUUGAGGCGGGUAGAUCAGUUACGGAUUUUUUUGUUAUGAAGGUUUGUGGUGCCACCUAGUUUGGAGGCAGAGAUGAUCUGCCUCAGGAGCACAGGCAGCAUGGACUUUUUCUUAUGAGAGAGAGGAAUUGGGAAAAGAUGAAAUACCAAAUACAUCAGGUAGUGUUUUUCAUCAUAAUGCUGAUUUCCUUGCUGGAGCUAUGUCCAGUGUCAUUUUAACUCCAUUCUAGCACUCGUGCUGCUGGAACUGUUUCCAUCAGGAAGGCGAACGCCAGCUCACUGACCAGCCAGGAUCAUACUGUUGAGUUCUGAUCGUUUGACUGACCUUUGCGCUGUCCAUCACCAGCCGCCUGCGCACCGGCCCCACCCGGCCAUCGUCUCUCGGCACACACUCGGUCCUUGGGCCACUGCUCGGUUCGGGUCCCUGGUCCGUGUCCCCGCGCUGGUGCGGGCAGCUAGGCCUGGUGUGUGCUGCUGCCUGUGCUUGCUUGGCCGCAAAGCGGGACUCGGUCAUUAAAAUGAACCAUUAGGUUUUGGCCGAUAGUUGUUACCUGCUUAAGGAAAUCCUUUUCAUACUUCAAAGCCCGUUUUUCUCUUGCCGUGCGUUCGUCCCGUCCCUCAGCAGCCGGUUGUCUCGGCCGUGCGAGGAGCUCGGGGGAAACCUCGCGCAGGUUGCGGCCGCGCUGCGGGGCCGAGGGCCGCUGUCCGGGAGGCGGCGGGGGGACCCGUGCGGGGCGGCCCCUUGGCGGCGGGGCCGGGGCGGGCUGGCCCGGUGACAUCACGGCUCGUUAGCAUAGGGCCGGCCCCGGGCCGCGGCGAUGGCCGAGCCGGGCUGCCCGCGCCGCUGGCCCCGCUCCCCGCCGGGCCCGGCCAUGAGGCGGCCCUGAGCGCGGCCGGGGGGAUGAAGCGGGACUCGACCUGCAUGGAAGAUGAGCGGGUGGAUCAGCGAACCUGCCUGAUCUGCGGGGACAGAGCGACGGGGCUGCACUAUGGGAUCAUCUCCUGCGAGGGCUGCAAGGGCUUCUUCAAACGCAGCAUCUGCAACAAACGGGUUUACAGAUGCAGUCGGGACAAGAACUGCGUCAUGUCACGCAAACAGCGCAACAGAUGCCAGUACUGCCGCCUGCUCAAAUGCCUCCAGAUGGGGAUGAACCGGAAAGCAAUCAGAGAGGAUGGCAUGCCGGGAGGCAGAAACAAAAGCAUUGGACCUGUCCAGAUAUCAGAGGAAGAGAUUGAGAGAAUUAUGUCUGGGCAAGAAUUUGAGGGAGAGGCAAACAUGUCAUGGAGCAACAACGGUGACAGUGACCAUAGUUCCCCUGGAAAUGGAGUUUCUGAGAGCAACCAGCCUUCGCCCGUUUCCACUCCGUCUUCAAGUAGGUCUGUGGAGCUGAACGGAUUCGCCGCACUCAGGGAUCAGUAUAUCGGGACGCCGGUGUCCACGCACUAUCAGUACCUCCCGCACCUUUUUAGCUAUUCUGCGCACUCGGCUCUGAUGCCCCCCCAGACGCGCAGCCUGGACCCCCAGUCGCACAGUCUUAUCAAUCAGCUGGUGUCGGCAGAGGACGUGGAGCCGCUCGGCACGCCGAUGCUCAUCGAGGACGGGUACAAAGUGACUCAGGCAGAGCUGUUUGCGUUGUUGUGUCGUCUGGCGGAUGAAUUGCUUUUCAGGCAGAUUGCUUGGAUCAAGAAGCUGCCGUUCUUCUGUGAACUCUCCAUCAAGGACUAUACCUGCCUGCUCAGCUCCACCUGGCAGGAGCUGAUCCUGCUCUCCUCGCUGACUGUGUACAGCAAGCAGAUCUUUGGUGACCUCGCGGACGUCACCUCCAAGUACUCUCCCUCUGACGACGAGCUGCACAGGUUCAGUGAAGAGGGGAUGGAGGUGAUGGAGCGGUUGAUCUACCUCUUUCGCAAGUUUAACCAGUUGAAGGUCAGCAACGAGGAGUACGCAUGUAUGAAAGCCAUCAACUUCCUAAAUCAAGACAUCAGGGGUCUGACCAACGCGUCCCAGCUGGAGCAGCUGAACAAGCGGUACUGGUAUGUUUGCCAGGACUUCACGGAGUACAAAUACCCACACCAGCCAAACCGAUUUCCAGAUUUAAUGAUGUGUUUGCCAGAGAUACGAUAUAUUGCAGGAAAGAUGGUGAACGUCCCCCUGGAGCAGCUGCCUCUCCUUUUUAAGGCCGUUCUACAUUCCUGCAAGACGAGCGUGAGCAAAGAGUGAGCGAGCGGGGCCCGGCCGGCGCGGAGCGGGCGAACGGCAGCGCCAGGGCGGGCGGCCCUGCCACUGUAGCAAGAAUCUUUUUUGUUUGUUUUUGUUUUUUUACUCUUUUUCCUAUAUAUUUAUUUCACGACAGAGUUGAAUGUAUGAUCUUCAACACAAUGCACAUGGUUCUGUAUGAAUGCAGCAGAUGCAUUCUCCAGCGGUUUACAAAUGUGAAGAUGUUUAGUGUUACAGUGUUUGUUAGGGUUAGUUCUUUUGUAUUUGGGGGCUGGGGACUGAGAUGACUAAGACUACCUCAAGGAGAAGAUGCUGUUCGUGCACUGCUCUUUCCAUGAUUUGUAUCCAAAAGCAUUUGUCGUAGAGAGCAGACGGCCUCACUGCAUUGACAGAGCUGUUAGGAUCCCAAAGGGACGAUUUUGGAGAAGUGAGUGUUAGAGAAGUGCCAAGGUUUUUUUCUUUAAAUAUAAUAAUAACUUUGAAAGGGCAGGGAGUGGAGAGGGAAAAGGCUGUGCAGCCGGUUGUUUAUUCGCGGGGGCAGGCGGCAGCUCCAGCGGUUUCCCUGCCCCAGCGGCAUUGCGGUGCGAGGGGGUCACUGUCCUUGUGCCAGAGGGACUGGGGGGGCUCUGCCUCAGCCCCCCGACCAGCCGGCCUCUCGCUGUCACCACACGCCUUUCCAUUCCACUGAAAUUGCCUUGCUGAGGUUCACAGCAGGCUCCUGAUAUACACAGAGGUACUCUUGGUGCUAGAGAACAGCAAGUAAUUUCUCAUCAGUUUCUUAACGUCAGUUUUAAGUUCACAAAAGCAGGAAAACCCUCCUUGGUGAAGAGGCAGGAGUGACCCUUAGUGCGUUCCUCCGGGGUGGUGUCUGAGCACCGAGGAGCUGCUGCGCUGCAGCAAUCGCGAGCAGCCCCUUCUGGGGACACUUGACGCAUCUGUGGUUGGAUGUGACCAGUGUAGCGGGGACUCCAGUGUCCCCCAGCAUGGCUUUCUCUGCUGGACUCAGGGAAUGUGCAUGGUCCUUGGUCAUAUUCUGCCAGGACUGUUCUGCUGCUUGUGGAAUCCCUGCUUACCAGGAAAAGGUGGUGUGACUGCAGUACUUGCUCAGUCCUUCUGUCCUGGGUGUUGGAAGUGUUGGAUUUUCCAUCUCGCAGCCUCCACACCGCAGUGCGGCACACAGGACUGGUUUAAUGACAGCUGGUUAGUUGUUUGAGCAGCUCUUCAGUGCUGGUGUUUAUCUAGGCUUGGGUGUUCUCAUGAGUAACUCACGGCUUCCUGCUCGUGGGGAGGUUGGUGAGAUGCUCUCCUUCUCGUCUCCUUCAUGAAGAGUUACCGUUCACAGGUUCGGUCGCUCUCCUGGGCAGCUGCAUCGCCCUGGCUGAGUUUCCUUCCCCGUGUCCUUAGAUAUGAAUCUGAUGUUUAUGUAGCAAGAAGGUUCAUCAACAAAUGUUUGAAUGCUGUUUUAAUAAUAACUGGGGAAACCACUUCUGUUCCUUCAGGGUAGGAGGGAGCAGUUUCUCCCCGUCCUGCUGGCGGCCGUGUGGCACAGCGAGCACUGCUCAGAGGAGAAACCCCCUCCCCAAGGCGUCUUUCCUUCCCCCGCCGCGGGGGACGCGUGUCCCGGGGCUGCCGCAGCCCCGCGGCACCAUCGCCGCCUCCACCGUCCCGCUCGGGCCCCUUCCAGCUCGACGGUUUCUCCUUGCUGAACAUCCACCCGCUGCUCGGCGUGGGUUAUUUACCAGGGUGUUACGGGUAUCCGCUGCUGGGCCCAGCAGCUCAGCUUGAUGGAGCUUCUCAAUCCAAAGGUGGUUCCGUAAAUCUCAUUUACUUUCUGACUGUAAAAUGAGACAAGCGCGUAUUUCUCAGGAAAGCCUUCUGCAUACAGCCUAUACCUCAAGUGUAAAUGGGAAGAUUUUAGUGUAUCUGUUUGUAAGUUAGAAAGUCUUUCUCAGCUUUGAAGUUUAAUUUCCAAAUAGCUUGAUAUGAUCUUUUUAUUACGGGUUAUCUUCUGGCUUGCUGUUUUAUACACUCAAGGAAUUGUUCAAAUUGAAUAGGAGUAAUUUUAUUCUACAGUUACUGAAUUAUUAUGAUCUGUUGAUGAAUAAGAGUUUGUUUUAAUUAGUGUACAUAAAAGCAGUCAUCUUAUUGCCAAAUACCCAACAAAAAUAAUCUAUUAGAUACUCAGUGUUUAUCCAAAAUAGACUCCCAAGACUAGUGCUGUACCAACAACAACAAACAACCUAAGUUCAUUUAUGAUGAUGAAUGGACAAGAACAUUCUACUUUCUCUUGUAUAAAGCAAAUUUUACAAAGGUUGAUUGACAGCAGCGUCCGUUAACAACCCAUUUGUGUAGGGAGUAGAAGAGCCUUCCUGAGCUGACUGUGAGGAACCAGAAUCCAGCUCACAGGACAGUCGUUCGUAAUAUCUUCUGCACCAAGUCCUCUAACGACUUGUAUUUUUUAAACAGGGUAAAGUGAAUGUGUUGCAUUGCAAACUCAGGUAUUAUGAGAAGGUAGGAAUGUAGCUAGAGACGUAGAGACGUUAGGUCAGUCACUAGAUGUAUUUGUGAAUUUGGUUUGAAGGACACCCUGGAAAGGUUGGAAUUUUUGCUCCAUUCUUCACGUUACAUUCGGUUUACAGGGACUCAUAUUUUAUUUGUGCUUAAUGCUAGUAGGGGGAAGUUCAUUAUCUUUGGUAUCUAUCUGCUCUUGCUUAUCUGACCUUCUGUCAUAGAGGAAUCAAUCAACAAUAAUAGUCUUUGGUAGAAUUUUCUGCCAUGACAAGUCAAUUUUUAUCCCCGAUUUGAAAGAUAAAUUGGCUGGCUGACCCCCUCCUCUCCUUCAUAGCAUUUGUGCAGAUGUGAAGCUGAAGAGUUGCUUUUAAUCCAAACAGAGAUUUGGGACAUAAAUUUGAAGAGCUCGUGCUCGGCGGGACGCGGCCGAGGUGUCACCAGCGCAGCCGCCAGCAGGAGCUGCCGCCGGCGGGCGAGCCCGGCGGGGACCCCAGCACCCCGACACGAGCUUUGUGGAAGCGACCGGGUUUUCUUACGCUGCCUUUGGGUCAGGCUUUGUCCCGCGAGCUGAGCCUUGCGACUGGUCUGUGUCCUUGUCCUCGGAGUGCUGGGAGGUGCCGGUUACCUGGACAUGGGGCCUCUGGGCACGGCAAGGUUGAUGCAGCAGGAGCCAACUCUCCGGCUGUUCUGCAUGUGCAUGAGCUGCUUUCUAGUUGUUAAUAAUGCUGGUGGCGCUGGGCUUUCCCAUCUCACGCCUGCUGCCAGCGGUGCUGAGGAGGGGGCUGCAGCUCUGGAGUUUUCUAUAAUUCCUAAAUCCUGAGCUUUUGCUGUUUCCUGUCAUGCAAAGACCAAGGGGAACAACACGGUGUUUCAGGGUGGUCGGUGCAAACCGGUCAGUCAAUUGCCAGCACUGGCGAGAUGCUGCCCCGGUAAUGCCCGGUCUCCCAGCGCUGUGGUGCUGCCGUGAGCGGGGCCGGCGAGUGAACCGGGCUCCGGGCGUUCGGUUCGGCAGGGCGGCUCUCGCUGCUGAGUCCGUGUCCCUGUCCCCAUGCUGCCCACGCCACGGCCGGAGCUCCCGCUGGCUGCCGCGUUCUGCCCGUCCCCGCUCUGCUCUUCAGGCUCUGCACAGAACCGCAGCCACCGCGGCUGCGGGGUUUAAAUCUUGUCCUUCAAACCAACCUUUUUGAAGAGAAAAAACAAACAAACAAAACUUGAAUUUCUUUUAUCUUUACUACAUUUUUAAAAACAAGCAAACAAAAAGAUUCUCCUGUGAAUGUGCUAUUUACCAUUGGUUCUUUCUUGGUUUUGAUUUGAAGCUAUGAAGCUUGGUGUCUGUGAAAAUGUUGUUAUUUCUGUAUUUCUCAGGAUAAUAAGCGGCAAUCAUCCCUGCCACAUAAAGGGCAGGAGAAAGGGGGAAACUUGGGGAACUAGUUUAAGUAUGAAACUAAUUUUUAAGUGUAGAUGAUGUGUAAAUGGAGGGUAAAACAUAGGCUGUGUCAGUAUCAAGCUGUGGUGUUUCUCUGGGUUCACAGUGUGUUGUUUGCAAUACACAGAAGCUCAGGGAUAAGUAUUUAAAAAGUGACCCAGAGAAACCCUUGUUUUGAUCUUGCAACAGUUGCUUCUUUCGUGGCUUGCUUGGAGGGCCCAUUGAAAGCUGAAUAAAGCCCCCACAUGGAGAUUUUGGGGGAAAAGAUUUUGAUUUGGCUUGUGGGCAGUUUGCCUGCUGAAGGCUGAGUUCUGUUCUGAUGGUCAAGCGUCUUCACUCCCAGUCAGGGCAGCUCUCUCACCGCGGGUCGACGAGGCUGCAGGCUCGGUCAGGCUGCAGGGGAGGGCACUGACGGGUGGAGCUGGUUCAGCUCCCGGUGCCUGGAGCACCCCGGCGGUCCCGUCUGGCCCGCGCGGCGCGGGCAGCGCCAGCACCGGGCACGGUCAGCGGCUGGCAGGGCUCAGACCGCCUCCCCGCAGCCUCACCCGCCAGCGUCUGCAAACACGAGUUUCAACCAGCCCUGAAAAAACUGGUGAGGCCAAUCCAGGCCAUAUCUACCCCUUGGGAAAAGAAAAGAGCCUCUGUGCAGCUGAGCUCUAACAAGUCUGUGAAAGAAGCAAUAUGGGUUGGUGGAAGAAAUGCCCCCAAGGGCAGAAAGAAACAGAAAUUGAAACCAGAUGACGAUCAACCUUAACAAAGCCUUUUGUGAUUCGUUGUUUUCUUUCAAUUUAUAAAAUGUCUUGUAAUAGUUGAUAACAUUAUUGACUCAAUUUCCAUAACAAAACUACCUCAUGUGACAUCCUGUUUAUCAUCUCAAAGGGAUUGUGUGAAAAACAAAAUGCUGCCAGUGUUUGCUGCGCAGGGUGUGAUGGCGGGAGUUCAGUUUCCCGUCCCCUGGGCUGCGUGUUGGUUCCUGUUUCCUCGCAGCAUUUCAACCUGCGGGUGAUGGUUUUGACUCCACAGCCCAGCUGGAUCCCUGGGCGGGCAUUGGGCUGUGCCUGCCGUGCUUGCGCCCAGCACCGCGGUGCCGUGGCGGUGUCACCACGGCCGUCCCAAGCCGCUGUCCGCAGCCUGGGCCCCGCGCUGGUUUGGUGGCUGUUUCCAAAGUGGGUUGGUCCUGGCCGUCGGGUCCUUCAGCUGGUGUUCCAGGUGAUGGUUUCUCCUGGUAAAACCCUUCAUUUUUCCCACAAUCCCUUGUGUAAAUCAGGGAAGCAGGGUGUUGUGUCGGCAUGACACACGGUGAACAUUGGCACGCUCGGAGCCGGGGCUGGGGAGCAUCUGGCUGCUGCCGCCCUCACCCGCAGCACUGGGGGACACGGGCGCUGUCCCGCGCCUCUCGGGAGCUGCCUUCCCUCACUACGCUAUGACCAAAUGAAUGUUUCUGCCGGGUCCUGGGCAUGCUGUGGCACAGCCGGUCCCCCUGGCGCGGUGGGACUGGCACGGGUCCGUGCCAGCCCGACCUGCCCCUGCUCCGCUGCUCUGCUCUGUGACUUGACUACCUGUGGAAAUGUGACCAAUAAGUGUUGAACGCAUGUUUAGCGAGUGUUAGCUGUAUGAACUAAUAAAUGUGAAUUGUUCUGCA